AGCACGAGUUCGAGCCAGAAAUAUGCUCGCCGCGGCGCGUCUAUUGUGUGGUGUGCGUUUUCUGUUCCAUCUUUGCACUCAAACCGAACGGUUGUUCAUCAUUCUGUGCUUUCCGUCGUCUCGUAACCCGUUUCAUCCAACAGUUGUAUUGUGGUGUCUUAGUCCUGUGAGCCUUUUGUGUAACACCCCUCCCUCAAUCCACCCGGUGAAAGAUGUCGUCCGGCAUAGCAGGAUGGAUAACAUGCCGGCAAGUGCUGAACAUCAUGGUGAUCUUCGGUUUUAUGUUGAACUAUGCGCUGCGUGUGAACUUCACGAUCGCCAUCGUGGCCAUGACGAAAACGAUCGUGAACGUUGCUACAGGGGGAGAUAACAGUACCGGCUUGAACGUGACCGAUACGACAUUGACAGAUUUAUCCACCACAACCGAAGCGUCCGUUAUCGAUGAGGCGGAUAAGUUUGAAUGGGACGCCCGCCAGCAGAACCUGAUGCUGGGUAGCUUCUUCUGGGGCUACGUGCUGACGGAACUGCCGGGUGGUCGGUUGGCUGAAAUUAUUGGUGGCCGUCGCGUCUUCGGUUACAGUAUGCUGUGGGCCAGUUUGCUUACCCUGCUGACGCCCCUCGCUUCCAACACGCACUACAUAGCGGUGGUAAUACUGCGUGCGGUGCUCGGUUUCUUCCUCGGUGCUUCGUGGCCAGCCAUUCAUCCACUAACGGCCGUUUGGAUUCCACCCAUGGACCGGUCAAAGUUCAUCGCCAACAUGAUGGCUUCCUCGCUGGGCGCUGCCAUUACGAUGCCCAUCUGUGGCUUCCUGAUCUCGUCGAUCGGAUGGCAGAGCGUGUUCUACUUCACCGGUGGACUCGGUUUGCUGUGGUCGAUCGUUUGGUUCCUGGUGGUGUUUGAAACGCCUGCCCUGCAUCCGCGCAUCACGCCCGAGGAACGGAAUGAGAUCGAGUCGGCCAUCAAUGCGGCUGGCAAAAAGAAGAAACCAUCGUACGUGCCGUGGAAGUCGAUUAUUACCUCCCCACCGGUUUGGGCCAUCAUACUUACCCACGGUGCAUCCGUGUUUGGGUUCUUCACUGUGGUUAACCAGCUGCCAACUUACAUGAAGUAUAUUUUGCAUUUCAACAUUAAGGAGAACGGAUUGCUCUCGUCCUUGCCUUAUUUUGGAAAAUACGCCAUGGCUGUGAUUUCAUCGCAUUUAGCUGAUUACUUGAGAAAAUCGGGCAAAUUGUCCACCACCGCAACUAGAAAGAUUUUCACCGCCUUCGCUGUGAUGACUCCCGGGUUCUUGAUGAUCAUUCAAGUGUACAUGGGCGAAAACCGGUCGUGGGCAGUUGGUAUCUUCACACUGUCCCUCUUCCUGAACGGAGCCGUCACGGCAGGAUACCUUGGCAAUGGGCUGGACAUUGCUCCCAACUUUUCCGGUACCAUUUUCGGCAUGGCCAACACUCUGUCCUCGUUCGGUGGCUUCGUUUCGGCGUACAUGGUUGGUGUGCUCACCAACGAUAAUCAAACUUAUGGUCAAUGGCAGAUCGUGUUCUGGAUUCUGGCCGUGGUGUACAUUACGGGUUCCUCUGCGUACGUGAUAAUGGGUACGGGUGAGCUGCAGGCCUGGAACAAUCCUCCGGAAAAGGAUGACGGUACUGGCGAAACCGAGGAAGGUGUGCCACUUAACCAGCGCAACCAGGCCGCGGUCAAGUAACGCGUACAAACGCAUAGCGUUUUGACACUUCCACAAUACAAACGUGUGGUAUCUUUGGGCGACUGAAGCUAAAACGCAGAUGCCCAAUUAGCGCCACAAGUUGUGUGCUGUAAAGCCGCAACUAAGCAAAGAAGGCAACCGACAAAAGAAUUUCAAACAAAACUGGUGGUGCGUGCGUGUGUUCCGUAGCAAAGAUAUUGAAGACAUAGGGAUUACAGAUUUGUCGUAGCAUUUAAUAACUUAUUGUUUUAAAACACAUCUGUAGGCAGUGAGCCCUUUGAGAGCGCAAAUGCUGUAUUUAGUAUUUUGUAGCCGAAGGUAUAUCGUUACAGUAGAACGGUUUAGCCGAGCCACAUACAAGGGCGUUUUUCUUUUCUGGCAGUAGAAGAAAACAGGAACAUGUACACAGGGACUUGUCCGAAGGAAUGGUAGCAAGCGGAACGAUGUUGUAUCUGGUUGAUUCAGGGGUAUGACUUAAUUUUUAAUGUACAAAACAGCGUAGGCGGAAGAUCGCGUAUCUCUGGCGAGAAAAACGCACGCGCGAGUGUGUAGCGGGAUUUUCAUGAAGCGGACGAACAGCAGGACUCCGUGAGAGGAAUGAACAUUUUUCAUGUUUUAAUGAAAAUGUCGCAAUUGGAACGAACUGAACAUGACCGGGAAAGCAGCAUUGGUUCGGAAGCGCUAUGGAAGAGCAAGCAACCGGUACCAGAAUGCUUCUCAUACUAAUGUUCCCUCAGGACGAACUGUACGUACGUUUCGCGCUUCGUAAACUCGGUCGCAUACGUGUGCUGUCUCGCAGGCGAUGUUAACAGAGUAGAUUUCUAUGAACGUGCCUUUUACAACACUUUGAUAAUCGUGUGUAAGGUGGAAUGAGAAUCUUGUUAAAGCUAGCAGGUUAUAAUAUUCGUGUUUAGGUCAGCAUUGGUCAAACAUGACCCGCCACAUUAACUUUGUACCCGCAGACAGACAUCGAUCGAAGGAAUCAGUCUACUUAAACUUUACAGAGACGGUACUUGAUAUUUUAUUUACAAUGUUUUUUUGUGUACCAAUAUACAUACACACUAGCGCGUGUACUGAACUCAUUUUAAAAAGAAUGAACAAUAAAGUAAAUGUUAACGUGG